UUCACCUUUCCUUAAUUCCGCGAGCAAUUCCUCUGGCCUUUGAUUUAUCAGUUGACAAUGGCGGUUUCGACAGGUAAUUCAGCGUCAAAGAGAGCAGCGUCGUCGUCGUCGUCGUCUCCGACGGUCGUGCCGGCGUCGUCGAAGGGAUGGGUGAAGAAUCUUCCAGCAAUAGCCUCCCGAAUCUAUUUCUUCCUCAUCAUUCUUCAGGUCCCUCUCUUCAGGGUGCCAUGCCGAUCCGGGAUGUGUAAAUCUCCAAUUCACGUCACGUCUUCCCAAUUGAUUGCUAGCGACAUCUUCCCUGUUCCAGUAGUGAAAGCCCUCCUCUAUCCUGGCGCCGUGGUGAAUGAUCUUGUUACGAAGAGGACAAUUCCAUCUUGGGACGGCUUACUUGAUAUGUAUAACUUGACCACGGUGAAGGAUGCCUCUCCUGUUACGGAUCUCCAGCGCUUGGAGGUUCUUGCUGGAAGCUACUUUACAGUGGCAGGAUCACUGGUCGGGAUCCUAAAACCUGGGAGGAUGAGCAUGUUUGGGACACUUUUGAUACUCUGGGGGCUUAUCAAGGAAGGAAUCUUGGGGAAGCCGGUGAACACCGAUCCUACUAAAUCAGUCUAUGUCUACCCGACAAUCGUGCUUGCAGUCAUCUGUGCAUUCUCUUCUGUGAAGUAUGAUAUGAAGAAGGUCGCGAAGAGUGCUCCUGCCCGAACCAUUGCAAAGCCUUUACAGAGCUCUUCAAAAUCAAAGCUGAAAUGAAGGGUUUGGAAACACUUUGGAGUCACUCUAGAAGCACUUCGGUUUAUCUGAUCUGUGACUAAGAAUCUGUAACUGUUUGGCUUAACCGAUUUCACAGUUUCUGCUUCAUUUCAAGAGCAGGGCAAUGGAUGUCGAAUGUUUUUGAAAUGGAUUGGGUUUCCAUCUUUUUUCUUCUGUUCUCAUUCAAUGCAGAAAAUAUUUCGAGUCAUUUUUUGUUGGUUUGGAA